ACUCCUUCUUGAGCUCGACACGCAUCCGAUCCUGAAUGAACAGCGUUUUAUAUUCAUACGCUCGAAUCUAAAUUGUACUGGGCAUUUUGAAUUACCUCUGUCCAUUUUGUAGGGUUUUGUUGAGUUCUUGACAAGCAACAACACUGAAGCAAGGAUGAUUCGCCUCGCUGCUCAGUUGUCAAGAGCUUCUACUGCUAUUGCUCGAACUUCCAAUUUAGCCUCCAAUUCAUAUAGCGGGCCCUAUCUUGUCGCAACCACUCCACCAUUUAGGCUAUUCCACAAUGGCUCCGAUGGUUAUUUGGCGAACCCAGUGACUGUUCAGAUGAUCAAUUAUGCUUUGUCCCAUGCGAGGUCUCAGAAAACAGCUGAAUCGUAUGCACAAGGCCUGCUAGUGUUGGAACAAUGCCUUUCGACUCUUUCAUGUGAAAGGAAAGGUCCUUCUGAUGAAAACUCUAGAGGAAUGGUUUUUCUCGCUAUGUCUACCUUGUUGUCUGAAAGAGGAGAUUUUGAUGACGCAAUCGAGAAACUCCUUAGUGUCCAGCAAUUGACUAGUUCUUUCCUGGGAGUGAGAGUUGCUGCCUUCGAAGCUCUAGUUGGUCUUCAUCUAGAGUUGGGCCAGGAUGAUAAAUCAUCAGUGCUCGCAGAUAAAUGUUUAGAGCUAAUGGGGGAACACGAAGCAAGAUGUAAUGGCAAAGAUUUUGAGAAUCUAAAUAUUCGUGCUAAAGCAGUUAAAGGGUUUGUUGAACUUGUCAAUGGCAAUCUUGAGUCAGCUGAAGCGUUCUUUCAAGGACUUCUUGAUGACAGACUAUGCAAUGGCAGUGUCGCUCUAUCAUAUGGGGAAUUUGUACAUGCCAAACAGAACUUUUCUUUGGCGAAGGAGGUUUACCAAAAAGUCAUAGAUGGAAGCUCUGAGAAUAAAGAUUUUGGGAACCCUCAUGUCUUGGCAGGUGGUAACAUGAACUCAGAGAGUUUAACGUUGGGAGCCAUGUGUGCUUUGGGGCAGCUUGAAGCACAUGUGGGUAACUUCGGUGACGCAGAGAAGUUAUUGACGAGGGCAUUGACCAAGGCAGAGAAAUCUUAUGGCUCUCAUCAUCCCAAGAUUGGUGUUGUCUUAAAUUGCAUAGCUCUCAUGUUUAGGCGGAAAGCUUUGUUUGAGCGUUCAAGUUCUCUUUUGAUUCAAGAGGGUCUCUACAGAAGGGCGAUAGAAUUGUUGAAGGCUCCACCAUUGGAGACUGAAGGUGAUGUGCAUUUCGUGGACCGAGGUGAUAUAGUGUCCCUUGCAAGAGGCGGAUAUGCUGAAGUGCUUAGUGUCCAAGAAAACAGAAAGGUUCAAGGAGAGAAGAUGAAGAGCUGGGCAGAGGCAAUAUGGAAGAAUCGGAGGUUGUCUUUGGCAGAGGCUUUAGAAAUCUCUGACUCAUCUUCUAAGGUCCCUAUUAUCGAUGCUCGGAUUAGUCGGAUUUUGUAAGCAAAUCCAUCCCCUAGUUGGAUUUUGUAACCGAACCCACUAAGUGAAGUUUGUUGUUGUUAAUUGUUACAAGCCAAUCCAUCCUCCGAGGUUAAAGAGGAGUUUUUUUGGGUACACAUGGUGAACAAUAAAAACUAGUUAAAAUGAGUGACUUAGGAUAUUUUCACCAGGAUCUAGCGUUAUGGCAUUGUCAGGUAACUUGAUAUAGCGGCACGAGUAUUCUUUGAACUGUAUGGAAAGUCCUCUCGUCGUCUGCUGCCUUGUAAGAUCGCUUCUAUAAGACUAUAACUUUGCAUUUGUA